UUUCCAUUUGUUUCUUUUUUAAGAAUCUUCUUUGUAGUUAGCAACUUGUUUGCUUAAGGGGGUUUUAUAAGACCCUUAAAUACAUAUGAUAUCCAAGAAAACUGGCAAAAAGUCUUAAAACUUUUGUGACAAUUACUAGCAUUUAUUGUUUCUUGAACUUCAUUAAGUUCUAAAGUUGUCACUUUUUUCUUCUGUACAAUAUGAAAACCAGAAGAGGAAAAAGAUCAGAGGCAUUUUGGCCUUCAAUUGUGAUGAAGAAAUGGCUAAAUAUUCAGCCUAAGCUUUAUGAUUUUAGUGAAGAUGAAGUUGACACUGAAACAGAGAGUGAGGAUGAUGCAUGUUCACUUAAAGAUGAAAGGGUGCAUGAAGAUCAUUUUUGCAGAACACCAGGGAAGCUUAAUGAAUGCCAGCCUCAAACUUCAGGGAAAACUUCAACCAAGUACUCAUCAAGACACAAAAGAGGGAAAUCAGAAACUCUGAGAGUUCAAUACAUUAAUACAAAAGAAGUGAGAGUUACUAUAGGAACUUGGAAUGUUGCUGGUAGACUUCCAGAUGAGGAUCUUGAGAUUGAUGAGUGGCUUUGUAUGAAUGAAUCAGCUGAUAUAUAUAUUCUUGGCUUCCAAGAGGUAGUUCCUUUAAAUGCUGGAAACGUACUGGGAGCAGAAAAUAGAAGGCCAAUUCCAAAAUGGGAGGCGAUCAUUCGCAGAACAUUAAACCGAACAACAAUGGAACCUGAAGCUAAGCUCAAGAGCUACAGUGCUCCACCGUCUCCAGUGUUAAGAACUUCACCCGCAGCUGAUAUAAUUGCUGAUGUUGUAAAUACUACUACUGCACUAGAUAUAAUUGCAGAGGCAUCGAUGGACACCACUCGCUUUGCUGGCGAUAAUAUGAUCAACCUGAGGAAGAACCUGCAAAUAAAGAGAAUAUAUGGGAUUGAUUGUGAUAGUCGAUUGGAUUGGCCUGAACGUUCACUCGAUGCAACGCCUCAAGUUCUGUCUUCAAGUUUUAACUUGAGGCGAGUAUCGAGCAGCUGUGCUCUUGCUUUUAACAAUCAGGAUAUUCGAUUAGAUGGUAGCAGGUUAAAAAGAGGGCACCAAAGUUCCGGAAACUUAGGAAUGUUAUGGAUGAAUCAACAAGAGGAGCCUGAAGUUCUUGAUGCUCUUUCUGAUGGCUCUGAUCAAUUUUCUGAAGAGGAAAAUGACUUUUUCGAAGGAUUCACAGAGUUCGAAGAUGAAAGUUCACUUCUAAAACAGGAGGUGAAUUCACGUCCAAGAUAUAUUCGUAUUGUUAGUAAGCAAAUGGUUGGGAUAUAUGUAUCCAUUUGGGUCCGUAGAAGGUUGAGAAGGCACAUAAACAACUUGCAAGUCUCCUCCGUUGGAGUCGGUUUAAUGGGAUACAUGGGCAACAAGGGAUCUGUUUCUGUGAGCAUGUCUCUUUUCCAGUCAAGGCUAUGCUUUGUUUGUUCACAUUUAACUUCUGGUCAAAAGGAUGGCGCUGAUCAAAGGCGUAAUUCUGAUGUCAAUGAGAUUAUGAGGCGCACGCAUUUCUCAUCUGUAUUCGACACAGAUGCAGAUCAACCACAAACAAUUCCAUCUCAUGAUCAGAUAUUCUGGUUUGGAGAUUUGAAUUAUCGAAUAAAUAUGUUGGAUGCUGAGGUGCGGAAGCUUGUCGCCAAAAAGCAAUGGGAUGAACUUCUCAACUACGACGAGCUAACCAAAGAACUCCGAGGUGGCCGUGUUUUUGCCGGUUGGAAGGAAGGAGUGGUUAACUUUGCACCAACAUAUAAAUAUGAAAUCAACAGUGAUAGAUACGUUGGGGAGACCCCGAGAGAAGGGGAGAAGAAGAGAUCACCGGCUUGGUGUGACCGUAUACUAUGGUUAGGGAAAGGUAUAAAACAGCUCUUGUACAAGCGAGCAGAAAUGAGACUAUCUGAUCAUCGGCCUGUAAGUUCAAUGUUUUCAGUAGAAGUUGAAGUAUUUGAUCAACGAAAACUCCAGAGAGUCCUCAAUGUUAACAGCGCCGCUGUACAUCCUGAGAUUCUACUUGAUAGUGAGGAGUAAGACUUAAAUGAAGCGUCGCGUUCAUAUGUACUUCAAGGCAGAGGCGAAUCCAGGAUCUAGAGUCGAGGGAUUCAGAAUAGCUUGUACGACGUACAAGCCUGCAAAUCUUUCCAAAAUCAUGUUAUGUUAAAGGUGGAUAAGACACGAGAUCAACGUCGUUUCUGUAAGAUACAACAUACAUAUACUUGAGCAAUGAAGAUUUGGCACCAGUACAAUGUGUUUAAUGUUUUGUAAUUAAAAAAAUUUUGACAUAAUUUUGAGUGAAUUUUCCCUUGUAUUUGGUCUGUGACAUUCUAACUGUAUUUUUAUAACCUGGCUUUCCUUACUUCGAAUUUAGUUUCUUUUUUCUUCUUUUGUUUCCUAAAUUUCCCUGCCAGAAGGAGGGUAUUUUUGUAUGGUUUUGUAAAUUAUGAAAUAUUAUUUCUUGAUACACA